UGAAAAUUGAAAGAUGGUGUUCUCCCGUCCCCUGUCUUUACGAAUAGUAAAGUGUUUUUGUUUAAAUUCUUAGUUUUGGCGCGGUUUGUUCCUCAAGUAUUUUCCGGAAUAUAUUGUGUGCUUAAGCUACACUAGGUGGCGCAAGCUGCCACAUAUACACCAUUAACCAUCGGUUCAGCCAUCUAUCCACCCACAGCCUUCACCCACUUAUCGUUCCUUUGUUCUGUUUGGCGCGUUACUUGCGGUGGUGACGAAUGACGGUUGGCGAGUUUACCGAGUUGACGAGCCAAACGAAUGUCAGUAUUUUCGCGCCUAGCUGCUCGCGUGGCUUUAGCAGCGUUCGACAAUGCCGCCCGUGCGGUGUCUGGUCACCGUGCCUCACCUAAAGGCUGCCAGGUCUUUCAAGCUCGAGGAUGGAUCGGUAAACUCUUUGAAACAUGCGGUGGCUACGUGCCCCGUUCUUGGGAACUCCAUCAAACUGUCUUCUGUCAGGUUUCAGAUGCUGGAUUUGGUAUUUGAAGAAUACACUGACCUUGCUGCGGACGACGAAAUACAUGACAUGGCUAAAAUCACUCUCCUGCCCAUUGUAACUGUCCCAGAGGGUGGGCCAGGCUCAUCUUCCACUCAGGAGGAGGCUUCAUUGGAGACGGUGCGCACUGAAAACUGUGAAACCGCCCAAAGAGAGAGCUUGCCAGAUGAAACUUCUCCAGAUGACUCCUCUCCAGAUGUACCAUUGGUAGGCAUCGAGCCCUUUGAGCUGCCUUCGUGUUCAGACGACGAUGGGAACACCUUCAUUUUCCCCAAGCUUGGAGCUCUCCAUGAUACGAUCAUCUCUGGCAAACCUCUGACAUCUUCAUCAUUCCGAAAGAUUGUGGAGCUCCUCUUUCGUGCAAUGGUGAACAUAACAGUGUUCCCAUCUCAGCACUUUUACUCCAAGGUCACUCAGCUACUAACUGACAAGUACCCUCAGCUCCAAGAUGUUAUAGGAACUGGAUCAGACUCGUGGAGAGUAGCACUGCGGUACAAGUUCAAAAAUGAAAGACGUCGCCUUUCAGACGACGUCCGGGUUGCUGAAAACCGUGCAAAAUUUGGAUCAAAAAGACCAAAUGAUGGAGGUGCAGCCACACAGCUGAAGCGGCAAAAAAAGAUUAAGCUGAACAUCACUGCUUCGGCUUUGGCUGGAGAGGACGAAGCCAGCCUGAUCGCCCAUGAGGAAUGGCUUAUACGAGAAGGACGAAAGGCAGCUCCUGAUGAAAAAGGAAUCCAUGAAAGGAUGACUCUCACUGCGAGGAAGAGGCUCUCUGACAUGGCACAAAUGGGCAUUGAUGCUGUUAGGACAAGGUACCCAUACCUGAUGGACUCUCAGCGAUUCGCUAAAGAUUUCGAGAGGCUCACGAAGAUGAACCUGGCCAACAAAGUCGCAAAAGGGAUUGACAAGAUCGUUCUGUUGGCCACAAAGAAGGCGAUCGACUGCCAGGAGCAUGUCCUACUUACACUGCAAGCAGCACCGCACAUGGAUCUGGGGAGGCUCAGGACACGGCACAUCCUGACUGUUGCAACUCUGCGCAUUUUGGCCCUGAACGUCAAGGAGUCAACAUCACUGCCCCUAAUGUUCGUGCAAGAAGAUGAUGAAAACAUCCCACCGACACCGUGUGUCCUGUACAGCGGGCAAGACUUAGAGGAUGCAGACUUCUUUCACCUGGUUGUUGAUCGUGAGAGGUUGUUCUCCGUUCCAAAUGCCGAGGAGGGGCUGUGUAUGUUGUUGGCAGCCUAUUGGUUGUUCAGUAUACAAUAUGAACGGAAGGCCUUCAACAUGCUCGUCACUCUGGAGAGGCUUUUUCUCGGCAUGAGCCACACAACUCCAAGGGCAGUGGUAAUUAAAUUUUUAAACAAAGUUUGCAGGCACGUGCAUGGUUGAAGCAAUGAUUUGUGCUUCAACCACACGCGCAUUAACUGCUUCGUUACGGUUCAGUUUGAGCUUUUUCUUUUUUUUUUUUUUUUUUUUUACGGUGUUAGUUUGCAGGCUCUGUAAAAAUGGAUGUCCACCCACGGGACAGUGGGGCUUUACAGUUCAAGUAAGGAAAAUGAACACAUAUUUUAUUCAACAUUUUAUAAGUUAAUUUUUACAAAAUAGGUUUUGGGAAGAAUAGCAAAACUGGA